GUACUCUGCAGUCUCUGAGCACCGCAAGCUGGCAAGUUUUCUGCGUUCGCAUCUGCAUGUUCUGUUGUUCUCUUCGACUUCAUGAUGGUGUGACUGAGAGUCUGAGAGAGGGAUUUGUGUUCGAAAUUUUUGUUUCCGUCCUCUAAGAACUGUGGCCGUGGGUGAGCUCAAAAUUGUGACGUUUGGGUGUGAGCCUCUAAUCUCAUUCUCUUCUCGGAAUAGUAGCUGGGGAGCAUACAACGAGAAUCUAAAUCUUGUCUGGUAGAAGAAGCAGAAGUCGACGAACAAGCAUUCUACCCUUGGUUGAACUUGCCGCCGGAAGCCGUCUACUGUGGUCUGCCCUGCUUGGUUGUUCUCCGGCAAGUAUUGAACAAGGGCUUCUCAGGAUGCUUGCACUGACAGACUCGCCUCUUUUUAUUAUUAAAACAUUUGAAGCUGUUAAAAUUCCGACAAGUACGCGAAUCUCAGUGGUAUGUGCUGCAAAAGGUCCAAGACCAAGAUAUCCUCGAGUGUGGAAAACCAAAAGGAAAAUUGGGACAAUUUCCAAGGCUGCCAAGCUUGUUCAGAAUAUUAAGGAACUGUCGAAUGUCAAAGAGGAAGUUUAUGGUGCUCUUGAUUCCUUUGUUGCUUGGGAAUUGGAGUUCCCUCUCAUUACAGUAAAGAAGGCACUAAAAACUCUUGAAGAACAACAAGAAUGGAAGCGGGUAAUACAGGUGACAAAAUGGAUGUUAAGCAAAGGUCAAGGAAGGACAAUGGGAAGCUAUUUCACAUUACUUAACGCCUUAGCAGAGGAUGACAGAUUGGAUGAAGCUGAAGAACUUUGGACAAAAUUGUUAAUGCAGAAUUUGGAAAGCUUGCCUCGUAGGUUCUUUGAUAAGAUGAUUUCCAUCUACUAUAAGAGGGGCAAGCAGAAGAAGAUGUUUGAGAUAUUUGCUGACAUGGAGGAGCUUGGGAUCCGACCUGUCAUGUCAACUGUUAAAAUGGUUGGGAAUGUCUUUAAAGAGCUGGGUAUGCUGGACAAAUAUGAAAAGUUGAUCCAGAAAUAUCCACCACCCAAGUGGGAAUAUCGGUACAUCAGAGGAAAACGUGUUAGAAUUAAAGUAGGUGAUGAAGGUGAGAAUAAUCAAUUGUACAAAGACAUGGAUGAGCACGAAGAGGAUGAUCAGGAUGGAAGAGAGAGCGAGGGGGAAGGACUUGAGCAGAGACCAGAGGUAAUUCAUGAAGAAUUCCAACAGGAUAACACUUUAAUUUAUGACGAAACAGAACAAAAUACGGAUGAAAUUGAGCAAACGGAACAGGAUGUUGGUGUACAAUGUGAGAAAGCUGAAAUAAGAUCAAAUGACUCACUAUAAGCUUGAAUUCUUCUCAUUUAAUGUUUUACUCUGCUAAAUCCUGUUUUGAUGAGGAUCAUGCGUAAUCUGGCACUAUCAAUUUAGAUUCAAAUUUGUCUGGUCCUGAACCCUUCCUUGCGUAAA